UGGACAAAAAUAAUAAAAUCAAAUAAUUAAUGCCUAUAAUACUCAAUGUACCCAAAUUAAAAGUUUCAAAAAGAAGCUACGUAAAGCUCUACAAAAACGCCGCGCUACGUGCUACGCCGCAUUAAACGUUCCACAAUAAAUUCAUGGAAAAUGCUCGUCAACGUCAUUUUAAUUAGCACUACACCAUCGACGCACCGUCUGACCGAUAUUAGAACACCAUAAUACCCCAACGUCUCUGCGCAGUUCAGACGCGUUGAUUCUGAUCUGAGUGGCCGUCGUCUCCAUCAGUCGUUCGCGCGCUCUCGCCGGCGCUGCACGUGUCACUCCGAAAGUAGAGUCGCAAUACGCGCGUAUUUUACGUGAUUGUAUUUUAAACUUCAGUGUUAAAAUGUGGGAUUUUAAUACGUGAUGUUUAUUAGUGGUGAUGAAUGUGAAAUAUGAAUUUUGGUUUGGUAUGAUAAAGUUUAAAGACUCGCAGGAUUUUGGUUAUUAAUGUACGCGGUUGAGAAUUUCUUCCGACCGGUAUCAACAUCAGAAUCUUCAUUUUAUAAAUCCAAAGAGACAAUGUUUUCGAUAACACCAUCAAAAAUUUGUUUAAAUUCAGACUUUUUUUUGCAAAACUGACAGUGAGUGUCAUCUGAAAAAUGGAGAGAAAAGCUGGGCUGCUGGUGGUGUUGUGGGUCGCAAUAUUCCCACUAUAUCGAGCCGAUAAUCUCGAACUUCUCCUGGGCACUUUAAGAACACAUCAAAAGGCAGCCUGUGACGAAGAGAUGGUGACGCUUAUCUGUCCCCGAGGGACCACCAUUAGCAUUCAAGUGGCGCAGUAUGGGGCCUCAGCUACCCAGGGAUCCUGUGCCUCAGACCUGGCCGAGUACCAGCCUGUAGCUGUGGAAGUGGUUGGCGAUACAUCCUGUAUAUGGCCGAGCGCGUUACAGUAUUCCUUGUUACAGACCGUUGUGGAGGCCUGUCAGAAGAAAAGGCAGUGUAAAUUCCAUACGAGCCCGAAGGCCUUUGGCGUCGACCCCUGCCCGGGGUCCAGGAGAUUCGUCGAAGUCGCCUACAAAUGCCGUCCCUAUGAAUUCCGUAGCAAAGUCGGUUGUGAGAAUGAUGUCUUGCAUCUGAGCUGUAAUCCCCACUCGAGGGUGGCGAUAUAUUCAGCGCAGUACGGCAGAACGGAAUACGACUCGAUUCAGUGUCCGCAACCAAGAGGAAUGAAGGAAGAAACGUGUUUGGAGCCAUAUGCGACAGAGACUGCCAUGCGGGAGUGCCACGGGAAAAGGAGAUGUGUUCUUUCAGCGGAUAGCAACAUGUUUGGGAAGCCGUGCCGGUCGGGGAGUCGAACCUACCUCAAAGUUGUUUACACUUGUGUUCCACGUACGGUGUUAAAGGAGAGGUAUGAGAGUGCUCCUGAGGAGGACGAAGUUGCUCACGACGUGUCCGAUCUUGAACACGAUGAUGUUGAUGAAACCAACGACAGAUGGUGGGGGGAGUCAGCAGUUCCUCCAGCGCCAGCGGUAGCCGCAGUGCCUCCUCAAAGACCUUCUAUGUCGACGAGCUUGAACAUCACAACCAUCAACAGAGAUGAACCUUCGGCGUCACCACCAAGACAUCAUUUAGCUAAAGAUGAUCAAUUCGACAUCAUGUACGUGUACAUCAUCGCAGGGGUCUCUAUAGCCCUCCUGCUCUGUAUUAUCCUGGGCAUUGUCCGAUGCGCACUCAACAAACAGACGACCGACCAACCAAAAGGUCCCGACGUGUCCGCCACAACAGAAAUCCCCAACGGCUUCAACGACAGCAUAUCAGAAGUCGACAAUGAUAUUAAUAUAAACAGUUUAUCCGGUCCCGUCGACGCCGUCGACUCAGGCAUCAAACAAGACAUACAAUACACAAGCGUUGCUCUCAGUCCCAAAAUCAAUAAGUACGUCGGACGACCAGUACCCAACACGUAUCCACACGUGAGCACUAAUAUGUACGGACAGGUGGCCGAAUUCCCUAUAGAAAUGCCUCUCCGAACUAUGCCGCACGGCACGCUAGGGCGCGGAGUCGCGGUCAAAACUCUGCCAAGAGUUCAAAUACAAUCUGAAACCGACCCUAACACAAGGAGUUUAUAUCGAUAUUCCAACGCCCAGUACUACUUCGGGUGACAACAAGACACAAGCCAGUGUUCGGACGUAUCCAGAACUUACUGUUUCUAGUUGAAUCGUGUAGUGGAGUGUAUAUAGUUCACGGACUAACUAGUGAAGUUUGUAUUCUACUUUUAAAUACGGAAACUGUGAUAUUAAUUGAAAACUUUCCUAUUGUACUGCGAGCAGUUUUCCAACUGUAGACACAGAAAGACAGUGCGGUUGUUCCCCCGUUGUGAAUUGAGAGAUAGAUCGUUGUUAGCCGAACUUUGUUAUACUUUGUUGACCUUUGAUAACUCAACAUUGUUUCGUGUGUCGAACAAAUCAGUGUGUUCAUUUAUGUAUUCACAUUGUUUGGAGUUAGACGUAGUCGAGCUGUUGUAUUAUUAAUUUACGUUCGUAUGUGCAAAUAUCCUACAGUUUCAAAUUGUAUGGUCUCUCUGGCUACUUAAGUGUAGAAUUGGUAUCUUGCCAGCUCCUGUCAAGAUUGUGUUAAAAGCUUGACAAUAACUUAAUUUAUUUUAGACAUACCAAAUACGUAUCUUUUAGAGCAGCAAUGAGAAUUUUUAUUCAAGCUGAUAGACGCUACAAACUUUUUUAAUUUGAAAUUUAGUUCUUUUUCAUGUUGCUAGAUGUAAAUUCAUUAAUUUAAUGUUGCUAGUAAUAAUA